UCCGGACUGGACGGGCGUCGCCCUGAGGUCAGGAAGUCACAGGCUUGUUCUCUGAUGGGGCCCCGCCCGCCGCCGCACUAAUCUCUUUGGCGUCGUACUUCUCGGCCCAGCUCGACCCGCCGCACCCCCGGCGGCGGGUCACUUGAGGCCAGGACCUUGGACACUGGGAGGCCCCGGGGGCACUGCGAGCUCCUCCCAGGUGAAGUGAAACCCAGGGGCAGUCCCCCUUACCAACCCCAUUAGAGAUGUAUCUGCCGAGCCAGGGGUCUAGGCUCCAGAAACAGGGGUGAGGACUAGGCAGAGGCCUGGGGUGACAGGCCUGGGUUCGAAUUUUCCUUCUGCCCCCAGGCUGGCUGUGUCACAAGCUUGGGCCAGGCUUUUUGCCCCUCUGAACCUCAGUUCCCCUGUCUGCAAAGUGGAGUUAAUGGUGCUUACGGAGUUGUGGAAAGGAUUAAGUGGAAUAACGACGCAGAGUUUCCCACCUAGGAUGACUUCAGUGACUAGAUCAGAGAUCAUAGAUGAAAAAGGACCAGUGAUGUCUAAGACUCAUGAUCAUCAGUUGGAAUCAAGUCUCAGUCCUGUGGAAGUGUUUACUAAAACAUCUGCCUCCCUGGAGAUGCAUCAAGGUGUUUCAGAGGAAAGAAUUCACCUUGGCUCUAGCCCUGAAAAAGGGGAAAAUUGUGAUCUCAGCCACCAGGAAAGACUUCAGUCGAAGUCCCUUCAUUUGUCCCCUCAAGAACGAUCUGCCAGUUAUCAAGACAGGAGGCAAUCCUGGCGGCGAUCAAGUAUGAAAGAAACGAACCGGCGGAAGUCGCUGCAUCCCAUUCACCAGGGCAUCACAGCAUCUUCUCUUUCUGAAGAAUUGAAACAUUUUGCAGACGGACUAGAAACUGAUGGAACUCUACAAAAAUGUUUCGAACAUUCAAAUGGAAAAGCAUCAGAUUUUUCCCUGGAAGCAUCUGUGGCUGAGAUGAAGGAAUACAUAACAAAGUUUUCUUUAGAACGUCAGAUUUGGGAUCAGCUCUUGGUGCACUACCAGCAGGCGGCUGAAGAGAUAUUGUCCAGAGGAUCAGCUGAGGCCAAAAUUACUGAGGUCAAAGUGGAACCUAUGACAUAUCGUGGGUCUUCUCAGAAUGAAGUUCUUAAUACAAAGCCUGACUACCAGAAAAUAUUACAGAACCAGAGCAAAGUCUUUGAUUGUAUGGAGUUGGUGAUGGAUGAGCUGCAAGGGUCAGUGAAACAGCUGCAGGCCUUUAUGGAGGAAAGUACCCAGUGCUUCCAGAAGGUGUCAGUACAGCUUGGGAAGAGAAGCUUGCAACAAUUAGAUCCCUCACCAGCUCGAAAACUGUUGAAGCUUCAGCUGCAGAACCCACCUGCCACACGUGGAUCUGGAUCUUGUCAGUGACCUUAUGAGCUUUCCUGCCACAAGUUGCCCAAGAGGAGAAGAAUGGGAAGAGUGCCCCAGCACAUGGAGACUGCGUGAUUUCUGCUCUGUUGCCUUUGAAGAUAACUGGCUGGACUGACUAUAGAGCACUUUGACUUUUUUCAAAAAGUGAUGGAAUUUGUAUGUCAAAUGAAUAUUGUAUAGACGUUUUUCCCAGGAAUGUACAAAAUUCUUGAAAGUUCAAACUUCUUUUUUGAAAUGCUCUUCAGAUCCAGUGGCCCAUUCUUUUAUCUUUAUCCUAUGAAGAUGUUUUUCAGGUUUUGAAACAAUCCAAAAAUCAUUUAGGACCAAGUCUAAGGAAACAUUUUAGUGGCCAUCUUGGAUUCUGGUUGUAAAGGAAUGAUACUAAUUUUCUAGCAUGGCUCUGAAGGUGAUUUUAGGUAGAAGAGUUUUGAGGCUGGGCAUAGUGGCUCACGCCUGUAAUCCUAGCACUUUGGGAGACUGAGGCGGGUGGAUUGCUAGAGCCCAGAGGUUCAAGACCAGCCUGAGAAAUAAGGUGAAACCCUGUCUACAAAAAAUACAAGAAGUUAGCUGGGUGUGGUGGCAUGCGCCUGUAGUGCCAGCUACUCAGAAAGCUGAGGUGGGAGGAUUACUUGAGCCCAGGAGGUUGAGGCUGCAGUGAGCUCUAAUUGUGCCAGUGCACUCCAGCCUGAGCGACAGAAUGAGACAGUGUCUUAAAAAAAAAUUAAAAAUUGUUAAAAAAAAAAUGGAAAAGUUUUGAGCAUUGUUUGCGUCAUUGGGAUACAUAUGUCACUUCACAAGAUGUUCAAUUUGAAGGAAAUACCACUCAUUAUAUCCUGUUGUCUGUAGUGUGCUUCCGUUUUUAAUAUUGAGUUGACCUCCUAAAUCCUAGAUUCAUGACAAGAAAGACUAAGUACUACUAUUCAUUGUUCUAUUUGUUUAUAAUCUGUAUUGUAAACUUGCACAUAAUUAAAAGCUUUCCCUUGUCUUU